GAAAUUUAAUUUCUGUUUACUUAUUUUUUCAAUUAUUUACAUUCGUUUUAAGAGCCCAAGCAACUAGCCUAUUAUAUACGUUAAAUGGCUGGGUUUGGAAAAUCGCUUUCAUUCUCUGGCGGAACACCCGGUGCCAAUGCACAAGGAGGAACAUCGUCUGGCGGCAGUCUUUUUGGCGGCUUCAAUCAGACAGCGAAUCCAGCGGGCGGAUCGCUUUUUGGAACAGCAAUUGAAAAGAGGCAGCGGUCGGGGACAGCAACAGACAUUGGAUUGUUUGGCAACACUGCACAGGCUUCCACCGGAAGCAGUCUUUUUGGCAACAACGCGCAGGCCCCUGCUGGCGGCAGCCUGUUUGGAAACACCCAGAGCGGUGGUGGUGGCCCGUUUGGCGGCAACCCUGGCGCGGCAACAAUGAACAUGAUGGCUCAGAACACAACUAGCUCUGGGAUUUUUGGCAACACCUCUGGUGCUAGCGGCCUUUUUGGAAGUAGCACAGCCGCAUCGCAGCCAGCACAGAUGAGUUCGCUGUUUGGUGCUGCUCCUGCUGCUGCUCCAUCGGGCGGGCUGUUUGGAGGAGGCGGAGUGUUGGGAUCCGGCCUCGCCUCACACCAGUUCCGGCACUACUUUUACAAUGUAGCCGAGCCGGGACAGGCACACCUGUACCAGUGCCCGGCGGACCAGGACCCCACUUUGUGGCAGCAGCGCAAAGCGAUAACCCCGACCCGCAGACACUGCAAUGGGUUCGAUGAUCUGCGGAAGCGAGUCGACUCGCAAUCGCUGCAGAUGCAGAGCUACCAGGCGCGCACAGAGGAGGUAUCGGACAAGCUCUGUGGCAUUCUGCAGAAGCACCACUCGGGGACAACGGUGCGGCUGUCUGAAGUUUAUGAAGCAGCUGCAGCUGUACGGCUGCGCGGCCAGCUCCUGCAUCCCGAGGAGGAGGUCUUCCGUGUGCGCAUCGAGCACCUGGAGAAUGAGAUGUCGCGGUCUGGUGCGCUCAAACAGCGGCUGGCUGAGUUGCAAGACCAUACGUACCGCCUGCAAGCCAAUGCGCGCAGACGCCGCGAGCUUCUUGGCCUUUCGAGUGGCGGCAGCGACGGCUACGAGGUCGCCGACGAGGUGCAGUUGGAGGCUGUCAUGAAGAUGCUCAAUGAGAAGCAGCGUGGACUGUCGCACAUGACGCAGGUGAUUUCGCAGGACGCACAGGCACUUGACGCGAUCGAGGGCGCUAUCGAGGAGCAGUACAUUGACGUGCAGAAGCAGCGCGAAAUACGCGAGCGCGCCCAGGCCGCAAAGUCACUGGGGCGGCCGUGGUGAGCAACGAGGGCCGCCGGUUGCUUUUUUGGUAUUACAAUAUUUUUCGAAUAAAGUUGG